AUGUCCACGGAGCAGCCGCGGGAAACCCAGGAUGUUGAGGCGUCCGAUCCAGUCGGGCCUGCACAGCCUGGACAAGUUGACGAGAACAGCGAACCAUCGCUGGCCAUAGGGCACGACGUCUUUCGAAACCGGCAGCGUCUACUCGAGAGAAGGCGUCUGACCAACAUCGUGCUCGGAGCUCUCGCAGUCUGCUUACUUGUCUCAACCGUUACACUAGCUAUUCUGUAUGGUAAGCUCCUGCGACAUAGUCACAAUCUGGUGGAACCCGUCGUCGCGACGACCACCGUGACGGUGCACCACACCUCACAACGCACAACCACCUACUCGCUCCCCACACCCACCACAACUACCAGCACUAGCAGUGCAGUUGCGACCAAUUUACUACCACAGAUAGAGGUCACCACGGUCACCGCCAGCACGACGAACAUUGCCAUUUCCCCCGCCACGCCACAGCCAACCCAGUGCUGGCCUGGAUCCGUCUGGGGCGGCGCCGACCUUAGGAACGUCAACGAAGGGUACGCGGUGCUCAUGGGCGACGCGCUGAACCGGUCCGGACUCGGUCGGAAGGAACUUGUCACUGACUACGACCUUGUGGCCCUGCGGAGCAUCUUCCUCUGUGGCCAGGCCAUGGAACCGGGGGGACACGACACGUUGUGA